AUGUCCUCCCCCGCUCUCUCCCAAUGGUCCUGGUUGGAUCCCGCCCUUCGCCCAGCCUCAGGCGGAGACGCGACUAUUCCUGAAAGGGAGGCAUCUCCACCAAACGAGCCCACCGGCACCGACAGCCCCCCGACGUUCAACGUUGAAAUCAUCAAACUACUCCCUGGCGUUCUCCACUGCGAGAUUGUGGGUGGAAUCGACGGUGCCCCACGCGUCGCCCAAAUUUAUACACUCCCGGAACGUCUUCCCUGCCCGUGGCCUCCCAUGGGCCCGUUCGCACCCGUUAGACUUGAGGACCUUCAAAUGGUAGAAGUUCCUCUCGACGUGAAUCUCGACUCGAAGGAAAUUCCUGCCCCCGACGAAGGGGUGAAAGUGGUUAGAUUGCGCGCAUUCGAGGCACAGACCAAGUCGUUCGGAGCCAAACCACUUUCUACUAUGACCAACAUUGCGACGGGCGUGCCAGUUCCCAGCCAGGACGCGAAUCAGGAGCAGCAGAAGCGUGUCGAAGAAUGUGACUCGGAGAACGACCGAGACGUCCUGGAUGUCGCCGCCCUGGAGGCCACAGUUUCCGUGCCCUCCGGGAAGCGCAGUGGUGGACGCAAACGAUCUAUCAACCAAGUUGGCGGUGCUAGGGAUGUUCCCGAAGGGAGAACGAAGAUCAAACGGACAUAUCUCUCUGAUGGAGCUGCUACUUAUUGUACCCUUUGUGGGGAUCUCCUUGAAACGGAAACGGAUAGGAGGAACCACUCUUCCUUGUGCGGCACGGGACGCAAACACAUCUCGUGCGAUCUUUGUGGCGCUCCUAUCUCGCGUAAAGACGCAGUGAAGAGACAUCAGGGCUAUCAGAUUUGUAAAGACGCUCGGGCUUACUACGCACAGUACGGUCAGUAUAUCCGCUCGUGA